AUGGGCAAGUCAAAAAGUUUUUCCCAGUGCGCAAAAUGUGCAGUUCUACAGAGAAAAUUUGAGAGCACACUAUGUCCAGUCACUAGGUUAGAACUACUGAAAGAAAGAGCUUCACACAAUCAGCGUCAAAUGCUAGAAAGAAAAUAUUACUACUCAAAGAGGCAAGCUAGCAAACAGUACCCAGAUGAAUUUUUGUCACUUAUUAUUGAUGGAAUGGACCAAUCCAAAACAGAUCUGCCACACUUCGUAGGAAGACAAGCAAAAAGUAUUAAUCCAGCAGCCAUGUUGAAAACGCAUAUAACUGGUGUUAUAAGUCAUGGACAUGGGAUGUUUGCAUCAUUUCUUGACAUUCUACAGUAUCCGCACGAUCCUAACUUGACUAUCAAUGUAAUUUUGAGUGUCUUACAGAAAAUAUCGCAGCUAAAGGGUGAGCUUCCUCCUGUUUUCUAUCUCCAAAUGGACAACAGCCCUAGAGAUAACAAGAACGUGAUGGGUUUCUGUGAAGCUUUGGUCAGACUUAAUGUUUUCAAUGAGGUUCACAUAUCAUUCCUUUAUGUUGGCCAUUCACAUAAGGACAUAGAUGCUUCUUUUAGUAAAAUAUCUGAAAAAUUAAGAAAGUCAGAUGCAGAAACAGUACCAGCCCUUCUAGAUUUAGUUGUCAAUAUGGAACUCUUAAGCAAUUUGUAA